AUGUCAACGCCUCCCAACAAAUCAAAGCGCCCUCCUGUUGCCCUUUACGUUCCCCCUUGUCGUCGUAAGCACCAAAGUCUACAAACACCCGCCACAUCAUAUAAUAAUGAAGAAAAAUUGGCUAAUUUGAGCUCAGCAGAUAAUGCACCAACUCAGAAAGUGUUGAAUCCUAUCCGAAAUUCAAAGGAUAUUACUGAAUCAACCAAUGAGAAUGGUGAAACAAAUUCCAGUCAAACAUUGUCCGUAAAAAGCGCUGGAAUUCCCGAUCCUUUUAGUGAUCUUGAUAGCUCUCUGCAGCGACUUAAUCUCGAUGAGAGUUUUGACGCUAAUGGUGUAAUCAGCUUUGGUGAUAUACGGCCUGAGGUAAUUAAGGUUCCAGUUGGUGCUUCCACUUCAAACUAUACAAAUCCUCCACCUCUAAAUUACGAAAAAUAUCAACAUAUAAUCGAACUUUACGAUUUUCCUACGGAUGCUGACACAAUGGCUAUUGAGUCCGAGCUCUCACCAUUCAAUUCCAGCGGGUUUAUCAUUAAAUGGGUGGAUGACACACAUUGUCUUGCUGUAUUUUCCUCGGCUUUUGUUGCUGAACAGGCACUGAAGAGUAUAUCGGGGAUUAUCAUUAAAGCUCGACCAGUGGAGAAGGCUUCAGUUGCAUCAAAGUGGAAGAUCGCUAAAUCUCCUGGGGAUUGGUCAAUGCCUUUUAAGAAGCGCCCACCUAGUGACGCGUCGGUUGCUAAUCGGUUCAUCUCCUCACAUCUUGGACUCCCCAGACCCAAGCCUUCUCCUCAACUCCUUCAGGCUCGAAAAGAGGCUCAAGAAAAACGGGCGAGGAAGAAAAAGCUUGAACAGGAAAUAUGGGGUGAUGACUAG